AUGCAGUUAAGUCUGAGUCAUGCUGUGGGCAAGAGACAUUCUAUCAAUUGCACCACAACCGAUGAUCCUCUCCCUAUUCCACACAAAUUUUAUCAGCCAGGUGAUGUUGUCAUUGGUGGGAUUGUUUCUCAGGUUUUCUUUCUCCAUAAUAUCCUUUCUUUUGUGAAACAGCCUGCGCAGACACGUCUCGGUGAACCAAUUUCUGUGCCCAAGAACUACCAACAUGUCCUGGCCUUGGCAUUUGCUGUGAAGGAGAUCAAUGAGGAUCCACAAAUCUUACCCAAUAUCUCUCUGGGCUUCCAUAUCCUAAAUAGCUACUACACUGCAAGGAUGACCUUCAAGGCCAUCCUGAACCUCCUUUCCACACAGCACAGGUUUGUCCCCAACUUCAAGUGUCACAGCCAGAAUAAUGCGAUUGCUCUUAUUGGAGGUUGCCUCUCUGAAAUCUCUGCCAAUGUAGCUAUUCUUUCAGCAACUCAUAAGACACUGCAGCUCACCUAUGGAUCAUUUUUGCCACCACAAGGUGCCAAGAAGCAAAUGCCCUUUUUGUACCAGAUGGUUCCAAACGAAGCACAGCAAUACCUGGGAGUCUUGCGACUACUUCAGCAUUUCAGGUGGAUGUGGAUUGGGCUUGUAGCUGUGCACGAUGACAGAGGGAACAGGUUCUUACAGACCAUGGUACCAAUGCUUUCCCAGCAUGGAAUCUGCUAUGAAUUCAUUCUAAGGUUCCCAAAAUUGGCUUAUAUGGAUGAGAUGAUUGACAUGGCUUGGAAGGACAGGAAGAGGUUUGAAAUUGCCUUUGAGAGCAAGGCCAAUGUUUUCUUUGUAUAUGGAGAACCUCCAUCAUUUCAAAUAUUGAGAAUAUUGCUGUUGGUAGCACCUAUCUUGGGAUUGCCACCACUGGGUAAGCUCCAUCACUUUCUAAGCAGCAUCUGGUUCAACAACACUGCUGGAGACACUGUGCAUUUUAAUGAAAAUGGAGAGCUGGUUGCUGAGUUUGAUGUUACCAACUGGCUGAUGUUCCCCAAUGGCUCCAUUGCUAGAGUGAAAGUUGGGAGCCUGGACCCCCAGGCUCCUGCAGGCCAAGAGUUAACUAUUGAUGAUGACCAAAUCAGGUGGCAUACAAGCUUUAAUCAGGCUCUGCCUCUUUCUGUAUGCAGCAACAACUGCUAUCCAGGUUACAGCAGGAAAAAGAAGGAGAGGGAGCCAUUUUGCUGUUAUGACUGUACUGCAUGUCCGAAGGGAAUGAUCUCCGACAGGAAGGACAUGGCAACCUGCAUCAAAUGUCCAGAACAGCAGUAUCCCAAUAAUGAACAAACGCAGUGCCUCCCCAGGAUUCCCAGCUUCCUCUCCUAUGGAGAAACUCUUGGGAUCAUCUUGACCACAUUGGCUCUUUCCUUCUCCUUCAUCACAGCGCUAGUGUUUGGACUCUUUCUGAAGCACAAGGACACCCCAAUAGUUAAAGCCAACAACCGAAGCAUCACCUACAUCCUCCUCAUCUCCCUCCUUCUCUGCUUCCUCUGUCCCUUGCUCUUCAUUGGGAAACCAGGAGAGGUGACCUGCCCUCUCCGACAAAUCAUUUUCAGCACAAUCUUCUCUGUGUCCCUUUCCAGCAUCUUGGCCAAAACCAUCACUGUUCUUCUGGCAUUCAUGGCAACCGCUCCUGGGUCCAGGAUGAGGAAAAGGAUGGGGAAAGGACUUGCCACAUCAAUUGCCUUUUGCAGCUCCUUGGUUCAGGCAGCCAUUUGUACAGUCUGGGUGAGCACGACCCCUCCUUUCCCAGAUGUGGACACACACUCACUGGAUGGGAAAAUCAUUCUGGAAUGCAAUGAGGGCUCUAAUGCCAUGUUUUAUUGUGUCUUGGGAUACCUAAGCUCCCUGGCAAUUGCCAGUUUCAUUGUGGCUUUCUUAGCCAGGAAGUUACCUGACAGUUUCAAUGAGGCCAAAUUUAUCACCUUCAGCAUGUUGGGUUUUUGCAGUGUUUGGUUCACUUUUUUUCCAUCCUACCUGAGCACCAAAGGGAAAUAUGUAGUGGCUGUGGAGAUCUUCUCCAUUCUGUCUUCCAGUGCUGGGCUGCUGGGUUGCAUCUUCGGCCCUAAAUGCUACAUUAUUGUUCUCAGGCCUGAAAUGAACAGCAGGGAGCACCUAAUCAGAAGGAAAAAGUGA